CGUUUUAUCUCUCUCUUCACUUCUUCCCCAGACAACCCCACCCCUCUGCUCUGCGAUUCAUUCAAUUCAACACUUGUUUUUAUUUUAAUCCCAAAUAAAUAUAAUAAUCAUAAUCCCGAAUAAUUAGUAGUAAAUAAUCACAGAAAUUUGGUUGGAAUAUCAUAAAUUGAUUCACCACCACCUUUACCCCUUUAUUUAUUCUCUCUCAAUUUGGGGUUCUCUUCUCUCUCUCAGUAGAACGGUGCAUGUGAAUUCAGGCAGCGAUGGACAAGUACGAGCUGUUGAAGGAUAUAGGAUCUGGAAACUUCGGUGUCGCCAGGCUCAUGCGCCACAAAGAAACCAAAGAGCUUGUCGCCAUGAAAUACAUUGAACGCGGUCUCAAGAUUGAUGAGAAUGUUGCUAGGGAAAUCAUCAACCAUAGAAGUCUCCGUCAUCCCAAUAUUAUUCGCUUCAAGGAGCUGGUUUUGACUCCAACCCAUCUCGCUAUAGUUAUGGAGUAUGCUGCAGGUGGAGAGCUCUUUGAACGAAUUUGUACUGCUGGAAGAUUCAGUGAAGAUGAGGCUCGCUAUUUCUUCCAGCAGCUCAUCUCAGGAGUUUGCUACUGUCAUGCAAUGCAAAUCUGCCAUCGAGACUUGAAGCUGGAGAACACCUUGUUGGAUGGCAGCCCUGCCCCUCGGCUCAAAAUUUGUGAUUUUGGUUAUUCCAAGUCAUCUCUGCUUCACUCUAGGCCUAAAUCUACUGUGGGAACUCCAGCAUACAUUGCACCAGAGGUUCUUUCACGUAGAGAAUAUGAUGGAAAGUUGGCAGAUGUAUGGUCCUGCGGAGUGACUCUUUAUGUAAUGCUGGUGGGUGCAUACCCAUUUGAGGACCCAGAGGAUCCCAGAAAUUUCAGGAAAACCAUAAAUAGAAUUAUGGCUGUUCAAUACAAGAUUCCAGACUAUGUUCACAUAACUCAAGACUGUAGACAUCUGUUGUCUCGCAUUUUUGUUGCAAAUCCUGCUAAGAGAAUCACCAUCAAGGAAAUUAAGUCUCAUCCAUGGUUUUUAAAGAACUUGCCUAGAGAGUUGACAGAAGUGGCUCAAGCUGUCUACUACAGAAAAGAAAACCCAACUUUUUCCCUUCAAAGUAUAGAAGACAUUAUGAAUAUUGUUGAGGAGGCCAAGACCCCAGCUAAAGUACCCAGGUCAAUCGGAGGGUAUGGUUGGGGAGAAGAAGAUGAUGAUGAAACAAAAGAAGAAGCAGAGGCUGAGGUGGAAGAAGAUGAGUAUGAAAAAAGCGUCAAGGAAGCACAGGCUAGCGGAGAAAUUAAUGUCAGUUAAAAAGAGGAAAUGUUUAUUAUUAGAUAGAGAAGUAGAUUCUUGGUUUCCUUUGCUCUUGGUUAAGCUCAACUAAGUUGAGACUUGAGAGUGUUUUGCUUGUAUUUAUAAAAUCCAGUUUUCUGCAUAGGACAUAAUUAUAUAUGCAUGUACAUUUUUAGUAUUGUAGAGGGUUGUUAAUUGUGACCAUAUUACAAGUAUUAUCCUGUCUUUCUGGUGCUA